UACUUGUCUGAAAUAAAUACACAAUAGUAGAUAAAACAUAGCUAUAUUUAGGACAAAAGGAACAGUACUAGAGACUAGGGUUGCCACCUUCAAUACAGAAAAAUAAGGGACGCCUGCCGCAGCGGGGGCCACACCCCUUAUGGCCACAAUAACCACAGACCCAAUGACGGUCAUAUUCCACACAGCCAUUGGCUGCAUAUUCCAGUGACCUAUUAUAACUGUCCCUAAUUGAUCACAGCAGAGAAGAUGGCACUUCAUGGGAUGCUCCGGAGACUUUUGCCGCGUCCUGGUCGCAUCUCUUGGUGUAUGAAACGAGCAAUGUCACAGACUGGGCAGAGAGAAAGAUGUUUUCAAUAUCCAAAGAAGAAGAAACAAGGAGCUCUGAGCUCAGAUGCUUCCUGGGAGGAGAGACUAUCUGAUGUAGUUACUCCUUUAUGGAGGCUGGGAUAUGAAGAACAGCUGCAGUAUAAGAUGGGCGCCAUGCAGGAUGUACUCAGAGAACUGACCCAGCGUUUAAAGGAGCAUGGAGGAAAAAACUGUGAUCACAACGAUUUAGUUUGUCCCCUGCAUGAAAUUCUUCCGUCGCCAGAAAUUUAUGGAUAUCGUAACAAAACUUCCUUCUCUGUUAACUGUGGUCCAGAUGGAGACCCCAAGACUGUUGGACACUUUGUGGGAAAAAGCCGAGAGAGGAACAUUGUUUGUGUGCGAACAGACCAUCUUAUCAACAUUCCUGAGAAACACAAACUUGCAGCAAAGUGCUAUGAAGAUUUCCUGCACCUCUCUCCGCUGCAGCCCUGUAUACGUUAUCACGAUGGGGGUCACUGGCGUGAAAUCAUUGUGCGAACCAACAGCCAUGGGGAGACAAUGGCCAUAGUUAUAUUUCAUCCCCAGGAUUUUGGUCAGGAUGAGGUCUGUUUUCACAUGCAGUCUCUCAAAGAAUAUUUUACAAAAGGGGCUGGCUCUAUCUGUAAUCUGUCUUCUCUAUACUAUCAGCUGAACGAUACUAAAACGCACCAGCCCACUUCCCCAGUUCUCCUGUAUGGUAUCCCUCACCUUAUUGAGCAGAUUCUGGAUCUUCGACUCCGUGUGUCCCCUACAACUUUUCUCCAGGUGAAUACACCGGCAGCUGAGCGCCUAUACAGAACUCUUGGAAACAUGAAUCAAGACCAUGUUAGUCGCACCUUAUUUGAUGUAUGCUGUGGGACUGGUGUGAUUGGCUUAUCCCUGGCAGACAGAUAUCAGGAGGUAAUUGGGGUUGAGCUGGCAAAUGAGGCUGUUUCUGAUGCUGACUGGAAUGCGGCUUAUAAUGAGAUAAAAAACUGCCAGUUCAUAGCUGGAAGAGCUGAAAAACUCCUCCCUCAGCUUUUGGAGACAAGGCCUGAAUCAGAGCCGGUUGUGGCAGUGGUCAACCCCCCUCGUGCAGGACUUCACCCACGUGUGGUUCGGGCCCUCAGAAGAUGUGAGAGCCUCCGGACCCUUCUCUUUGUUACUUGCAAACUAAAUGGAGAGGCUGGAAGGAACUUGAUUGAGUUGUGCUGCCCCAGCUCCCCAGAGAAAAGGCUUCUGGGUGAAUCCUUUGUCCCACAAGAAGCAGUAGCAGUGGAUAUGUUUCCCCACACGGCUCACUGUGAGCUAGUCCUGCGUCUUACUAGAUGACAUCUUGGAUUAUGAUGAAAACACAAAAACCGCAAACUUCUACAAGAUACUGACCCCUGUCCUGCAAAUGUUUCAUAAAUUAAAAUAGACAUUUCCCCAUAUCUUAAUGAAUAUGUUCCGUAAAAUAAGAAAUUAA